AUGAGUUGGAAAUCUACCUCGAUAGCAGACUCUUACUAUGCCUUCACUCGCUUACCACCCAAGGACAACAUUAUCAUGUCCAUGGCAUAUGAGAACUUCGAACGAAUUCCCACGGAGGCCAGCCGCGAAGUCCUGAGGCAUUCUGAUUCGAUGCCUGUGACUCUUAGUAAGCCGGCCGCACUUACUAUUGCCGAUGAACGUUUCGGCAACUACCUCUACCAUACCUUGCAAGUCACCCCGAUAGAUGAGGCUUCUGAGUGUUUGGCGCAUGUCGCAUUAGCCACCUACCCUAACGGGUGCGUUGAUGUUGUGUACCGGACGAAUCAGGCACCAGAUGGUCUCUGGGCCACGGCGCGUUACUAUUUCUACGGCUUCAGGCAAAUGGUCGCUUUUAUCCCAGAGCAUGUCAAGGAGCUUAGCCUUGCCGCACAGGAACAGACUGAAGGAUUGAAUGAAAGACUGGAGGAGGGCAGAAAGGAGAAUGAGGUCUUGAGGAAACAACUAGAUGAGCUGCGGGGAGCGCAGUAA